GAGCAACACACAGCAGGUUGUUGACUCUAUGCACGCGGAGCCACCUCUGGCUGGCUGUGAGCCCUCAGACUGCUCUCAAAGUCUCCCUCAGACAAUCAGUGAGAAGGAUGCUCACUGCAGCCAGGUGAAGAAAGAAUAUGACACCAGGAAAGAAGUACAUCUGAUCUGUUCUGAUGAGCACAAAAGUGUCGUUCUUGAGACAAACGUCAAUCAAGAAGUGCAACGUCUCGGUCAUGGUGAGGUCCAGACCUUUGCUGAGUCACUUGCUCAUCCGCCAAGUCCCAUUCCAGUUUUUGAGAAAACAACAGAAGAAAAAAUAUUUGAGAUAUCAGCGGCCAAUAAACUCACUGAGCUUUCUGGACCAUUAGCUGCUCAAUUGGAUGAUAAUGUCACUAUUCAAGAGUUGGAGAAAGCUACAACACCAUCACAACCAAGUAGUCCUUCUGGCUUCAAUAUCAACUUGAAGCAAAUUGAAAUUGGUGAUACACAUGUGAAGGAAGAAUGUGUGUUAGCAACAUUAGAGGUUGAACAACAAGCAUUACCUCAUAGUCAGAACAUCUCAGAGCAGAAUGUACGGCUGAAGUCUCCUGUAGCCAAUCAUGAUGGUGAUUCAAAUGCAUCUAAAAAGAAGGAAGGGCAGACAAAUGUUGAGACACUUGAAAACAAAGCCUGUGAGGCCGCCCAGGAACCUGUGGAAAAGUCUAAUUUGAAAGACGCCUGUGAUAUCACAAUGGAAACUGCUGACCUUGAAUCUCAGGUUGAGACUCGCAGCUGUCAGGAGCAACUGCACAAUGACCAAAUAGAAGAUGCAGGAGAUGCAAAGAUGACUACAAGUGAAACUGAGUUGAAGCUGUUCGUCCAUCAAAGUCAUGAGAGGAAUGCAUUGCCGGACAAUAGCAGUAUAAAGGCUGAUGAAAUGCCGCUUGAAGGUACUACUGAGGUGUCUCUGCCCAGCAAUAGACCUUACAGGUCGUCCUUUGACUGGGCCGGUGCUAAGAGAAAAAAGUCAGAUGUCUCCACCUUACCGUUUGCCCAGGGAUCCCCUAUGUCUGAGCAGAAUCCAAGCGAUUCCAGUGGACUCCUCAGACACAGCACCAUACCCUCGUUUCUCAAAAGCAAGCACAAAAAAGUCCCCUUGGUGAUUAGCAGGGCGACGGAUCUGUUGAAUGCCUCCAGUAUCUCUGGGACUGCAGCGUCCACACAGAGACACCAGCAGGGAGAGCGGAAGGAUUUGAAAGAGACCUGCAAGGAGAUGGCAAACAUGAAGAGCAGAGCUUCUCUGUCCACUACUUCAUUUCCAGUCCCCACUUCUACAGCAGUCAGCAGACUGUCAUGGCAAACGACCCCAGGGUGUAGCAGAGCUCAUCCCUCAACAGCAGGUCCCAGCACAGAGACAGACGGGGACAUGUCCUGCUCCCAGGAAAGGGAAGACCAACAGGCCUCGUUCAGAACCCAGAUCUCCAAAAUCGAACAGUUCCUCAACACAGAGAGGCUGCGUCUGCCCAAAAGACGGAAAACUGACAACUAAACGAAAAACAGACUCUUCUGUUGGGGGAUGCUAGUGUUCUGAGUUAUAUUACAAAAGCCCUCUGUUGCGCUUAUUUGUUAAAGUGAUAAGAGCCUUUGCUGUUAGAUAAGGUACAACUGGUUUUGUUUGGGCGUCAAUCAUUGCCUGUUCUCAUUUCUCUUAUGACAAAACAAGAGAACAGGGGAGUUAUUAUUCCUCUGAAUGUUUAAAUAUUUAUG